AUGUCGCAAUCACAAUUUAAAUUCGCCAACUCAGAUGUCAAAGUGCCAAGCGAUGCCACGGGCACUCCUCCAGCAGAGUUUAUCAUCAAGGCACCAGCUUCCACAGAUGUAUGGGCCAAGCCGCCUUCGACCUUUCGCUUCUCAGCCCCUAUCUUGUACAAGUCUAUCCCGCUGAAGUCAUUCAAACGGAUCCGUGUCGCCUUUAAUGGCCUCUGGGAGAAGAACUAUGACCAGGGUGGCGUGAUCCUUGUCCUGAAUACCGCCGAUGGUGGCCAGAAGUGGGUGAAAAGCGGCAUUGAACUCACCCACGGCAGACCCCACCUCAGUGUCGUCGCCAAAGACAACUGGGCAGACUGGAGCUUGCUUCCUGUACCCUCAGGUGGUGGUGCAGCAACUCUCGAAUUGGUCAAGGAAAAGGACAACAGUUUGUGGAUCUAUCUUGUUGAGGGUCUGCAGAAGUCUCCUAUCCGGGAGGUCACUUGGGUCUUUGAGGAGGAGAAUGUGAAGGACUUGUGGGUUGGUCUCUAUGCUGCCCGGCCAUCAAGUGAGGGUGGAGAGUUGCCUGUCCAUUUUGGUGCUUUGAUUAUAGACCAGGAAUAG